AUGUCAAUUGGAGUGGGUUUGGUGGUGGAUUCUGGGAAUCCUGCACCUGCGGAAGAGAAGCUGCUCAAGGUUCAGAGAGUGGCUGCCUGGGCCGGAUCCUCAGGGGGAGGUCUGAAGCAACGAGGGCAGUGCCGGGCAGCGCUGGGUGGUGUGUGGCCAGGCCAGGCGGGGCUGAGGUGGGGCGGGGCGGCGCCCGGAAGGGCGGGGCGUGAGGGGCGUGACCGGGAGGCGGCGGGCCGGGCGCAGCCGGGCGUGGCAGGGAGGCGCACGGGGCUGAACCUCGCAGAAGCCGCGGCGCGCGCCAUUGCAAAGCGGCUGGCAGCGCACCCAGCGCCCGAGCCGGUGUCGCGCCCUCUUGCUGCCUGGCGAAGGCGCGAACGGCCCGUGGAGGCGAGCGCGGGGAUGAGGCGCCGGCGCUACAGCCGCCGUCAGGGCACGAGGACUGCCGUGGGCUCCGUCAAGAUGCCUCCGCCAUGCGAGAGCCGGGCCCUGGCCGCGGUGGAAGGCGCCCUGCGCCACAGCCCUAGCGCGCGCGAGUCGGGGCUCGAGCAGCUGCCAGUGCCUUCGCGCCCACGCCUGCGGGACCUGCUGGCCCUGCUGCGGAGCGGGCUCACACGGGAGGAAGUGCGGCGCCGCUGUGGGCCCGAAUGCAGAUUCUCCCUUGUGGAUUCCAGAUAGAUUAAUUCGACAUGUCCAACAACCCAUUAAGAAAUUACCGGCCCCCGAUGCCUCGGAUGAUGAAAAGGAAAUUGCCACCACUGCCAUCCCCUCAACCGCCGCCAAGGAAUCCCCUCCAUCCAGCUCAGCAUCUACACCACCUCCUGAAGAUCCUCUCAUUGAUCAGCUGGCCCGCCUAUCACUCGUGGGAAUGUCAUCUCAGUAUCAUCAUAAAAGACCAUGGCUGCAUCAACGACCUUCUCAAGCCACACAACGUGGGGCCAAGUCAAGCGUCUCUGUCAUCUCGCCAUGGAUCAUAGUAAAAUCUCGAAAGAUUCCAGUUAUUGCUGAAAACCACUUCCUUGCCAUCUUGGCUCUACUUUCAUGUCAGGUAAUAUUGGUCUCUUCUCAUGAUGCUUAUUGGGCUUAUUUUCCAGAUCCACCAAUUUUACAGGUUGUUACUUGGGAUGAAAUGCCAAUAAGGGUAACUUCUGAUAAACCUAAAGUGCUUGGUGGAUCCUAUUCUCCUUAUCAUACGGGGAAAUAUACAAUUAAUUUUAAUUUUACGUAUUAUGGGCUAACUAGUAACCCACCAAUUUGCUUUAAUUUUCCCCACAAUGAGACUAAAAAAAUGAUGAAUACACAGUCUAAAGUCGGCUGUGUGGGAGCCUCUAAAAAGGCAAUUUUAACUGACUCACCAGCAAAUGGCCAAAAGGCCAGAUAUAUUUGGUCGAUGUUCUUGAGAUUGCCGGGAAUCUUGGAUCCUUAUAGUCAAACUAAAGACAAGGCUCCACCACCUUAUUCUAAGUGUUCAGGACCUCCAUCUAAACCAUCUAAUGAAUCUGAUAAAGUGUGGAAUAUGAUUAAUUAUGAUAUAGGGUACCCACCAUGGAAAUUGUGUACUUAUGACUCUCUCAUUGAUUAUACAAUUGCUGGAGGUGGAAAUGUUACAAUAAAUGAUUGGAGUAAUCCGAAUCCUGAAUAUGAUCCUAAAACUUAAAAAUUAUACCAACAGAUUUGUAAAUUGGAAAAAUUCAGUGGUGCCCUGGCCAGUGAUUGCCUCUAGAUGGCACAACAAUGCCUUAGUCCCUCCAAUGCUAACAUACCGGAGGGACGGGCACGUACAUUGGCAGCCUGACUUACGGAGAGCUGUAGCAGCAACCAGCUCUAUACUUUCAACUCGGCCCAAUAGAACUAUAUUGUACUAUAUUCAGGCUUGUUUACCAUCACCUUAUGCUUUCAUGUAUACUAAUGAUUCCAACAAACUGCAAAUAUAUCCUAAUUACACUGGAGGACCUACAAUAUUAACUUGUGAUCAAUGCAUAUUAUCUACCUGUAUAACUUCUUCUUUUAAUGUUCAAGCCUUUGUUAUUCUUAAAAGACCUCCUUAUCUUAUGAUACCAGUCAAUAUUACGGGUAUCUGGUAUGAUAAUUACGGAUUGCUAGUUCUACAGCAAGUUAAAGAAUUGCUUAGACCUCGUAGGUUGAUUGGACUGUUAAUUUUAGGGAUCUCUGCAUUGAUAGCCUCCAUAGCCUCAGUUACUGUUACCACAGUUUCACUUUCACAGCAAGUGCAUACCGCUGAGCAUGUUAAUGAUCUAUCUAAGAACGUUUCACUUACUCUUGCUACUCAAGAAACUAUUGAUAGAAAAUUAGAAGCUAAAGUAGAUGCUUUAGAAGAAGCUGUAUUACAUAUAGGCACUGAGCUUCAGGCUUUACGUGUCUGUCUCUUUUUUUUUGUUGUUUUUUUGUGUGUGUGUGUCUGUCUCUUAAAUGUCAUGCAGAAUAUAGAUGGAUUUGUGUUACUCCUUUAAAGGUUAAUGAUUCUUCAUAUUCUUGGGACCAAGUUCACAAUCACAUUGUCAGGAUUUGGAAUAGUUCUGAUACUAGUAUAGAUUUAACCAAGCUCCAUUAGGAAAUCAAAGACAUAGACCAAUCUCACCUUGACUUUUCCACUGCUCAAACUGCCAAUGAUUUUUUUACUAGCCUUUCAGAUUUUGUCUCUCACAAUAACCUGCUGUCGUCUAUCUUGGGAAUUGUGGCAUCUAUUUUUAUAGUUGUAAUUUUAUUUCUUCUACUUCCCUGCAUUGUUAGGAUCCUGACGAAGAGCAUCAAAGAGGUCUCUCUGGAACUCCAUUCUGCUCUUCUAAAAAAUGAAAAAGGGGGAGAUGUUGGGAGCCACCGGGAUGCACCCAGUCCGUGACAAGGUCAUGGGACGAGAGAGGAACCUGCAAGGCAGCUCUUCCUCACAUGGGGCUGCCCCGGGGGCCCAAUAUGUCCCCUCCGGAGCUGCCGGGAUGAGAAAGAAGCCUGCAAGGCAGCUCUUCCCCUUGAGGUUGUCCCGGGGACAAGGUCACGGAAUGAGAGAGGAACCUGCAAGGCAGCUCUUCCCCUCAAGGUUGUCCCAGGGGCCCGGUAUGUCCCUUUCUUCCUUCUGUCUUACUGUUGUUGGGCUUUCUAUUAAUUUUUGGAAAUGAUAAUAUAUAGUAAUAAGGCCUCGCUGGAAAAGUCCAAGCCUUUUUGGAAAUGCUCAAGAUUGCUCUGGCUCAGGACACGACCAUAAACAUCAAGUCACAAUAGAAAAGGCCACAGGUAUAGUUUGGCUGCUUGCUUAAAAUAUUAUAAUGUUCUAGAAUAGAAAAGAGUAGAGGUAUUUAGACUUAGAAGUAGAUAUACUGCUUUAGUUUACUUGCUCCUUGUUUGAAAGGGUUUUCACUAUUGCUAUUUCCUUGCUGCUAUUUGUUCAUUGUUUCCCUUUCUUUAAACAACAUGGGAUAUUAUGGGUAUUUUUGUAAAAUUAGAAAAUGGGGUAUGUAGGAUUUUAAUAGAAGAUUUAUAUUAACCAGCUUUACUGCCAUUAUCUUACUAUUAAUAGAGGUGUUUUGCUGCUCUAGAGGUGUUUUUGCUGUUUAAUAGUUAAUCGUUGUAAAUUGAGAUUUUGUGGUUUUAGGUAAAGAAAAAUAUCAGGUUUUUCUCAUGGUACUAUUUUCAGAAAUGUCAAACAUGUUACUGUGACCCUUCCCAUGUAUUGUUUUAUUGUCCAAAGAAUUUACAUUAUACCUGAGAUUUGUGGAACAUUGUUUUUGUUAGAGUAAGAAUGUUAGGCCAUUGAGGCAAGAAGACUAUGUACGGGACAUUAAGUAUAAACCCUGUUAUCGGAAACGUUCUAGAUGAAUGCUUAGGGGAAAAACAUGGAAAAAAAAAACAUUGACAGACGCACAAACCAAUAUCUGAUGUAAUAUGUGGUGAUUUAAGGGAGAGGUAACAUUCAUUCUAUAAAAACUGAGCUAUCCUAAAAAUAAUAAUAAAAAAAAAAGCUACCUCUUCUACACAA